ACUACUCGAUCUUGCUCAUUCGCCUGGCUACUGUCAAGAAUCUGCAAUCAUGGACAGAAUCAUGAACUUCGAUUCUUUCGUGCAAAAUCCCAAGAGUGUCACCCUCAACACCACUCUCGGAGCCAUCAAGAUUGCGCUAUUCUCUAGCCAGACUCCAAGGACUUGCCAGAACUUUGCUACAUUGGCCAAGCUUGGUAAAUACGACAACGUCAUCUUCCACCGCAUUAUCGCGGGCUUUAUGAUCCAGGGCGGUGACCCGACUGGUACCGGCCGCGGCGGCUCCUCCAUCUAUGGAGCCAAGUUCGAAGAUGAGAUCGUGCCAUCGCUCAAGCACGACUCCAAGGGCGUGCUCAGUAUGGCCAACAGCGGGCCCGGUACCAAUGGUUCCCAAUUCUUCAUCACACUCGCUCCAACACCUCAUCUUAAUGGCAAACACAGCGUGUUCGGCAAGGUCGUCGAAGGAAUGGAUGUGGUUGACAAACUCGGCGCAGUACGCACCAACGCUGGGGACCGCCCUGUCAGCGAGGUCAAGAUUGUGAGCUGCGACGUGGAGUGAUCUACCAGUUCUGGUGAAUUGACGCUCUGCCGUGUUGACAUGCGU